AAAGGAGCUGGCAUGGGAGCUUAUUUAUGAGAAUCGCAAAGUGUCCGGCCCAGGGGUACAGGAAAUACGAGAGGAGGCUGCGCUUUGACCUACACCCUUGGCCAUUUCCUGAGUUCUGGCUGUUGUUCUUUGGCUCCCCGGACUCCAGAUCGUUCCCCCGCUCUUUUCCCUGCGGAGUUGACAUGUCAUCUUUCAAAGGCGAAUAUCUGCUUCCAGAAUAGACUUUUUUUCUUCUCGCUUUUCCCUAAGCUACCUCAGAGACUCUCAUAAUGGGGCAGACACGCUACUCAAGACCGGUAAAUCCAGCUCCCUCAGCUGAGGAAGUGGAUCAGCAAUCACAAGAUGCUGGGAUGGGGGCAGAUGUUCUGGAAUCUGGUGACACGACACCUCCCUCCAAGAGAAAAAGCAAAUUUGCAGGUUUUGGCAAGAUCUUUAAACCUUGGAAGUGGAGGAAAAAGAAAAGCAGUGGCAAAUUUAAGGAGACUUCAGAAGUUUUAGAACGAAAGAUUUCAAUGCGAAAGCCAAGAGAGGAGCUCAUUAAAAGAGGGGUUCUGUUGGAAGACCCUGAACAGGAUGGAGAGGAGCCAGACAAAUUCAGCCACACCGCCUUGAAAAAUGGACAUACUAUCCCCAUUGACUGUUCUGGGAUUGUCAACCUCACGCACCUGGAGGAAGAGACUGGAAAAAGAUCAAGCCUUAAGAAGCCCGUUCCAUUUGAGGAGCCAAAGACACUGCAAGUUGCAGGAACAUAUGGCAACCAUCCUGGUUCAGAAGUGGAACAUCAUCAUCAUCAUUAUCAUGACUCUCAGGUUCCUAAGCAACCUCUGCUUCCUCCAAAACGCCCUUUGUCAUCCUCUUCUCAGGAGACAAGCGAUAUGCAGGCGAGGGAUCUUGGCCCUCCCAGCAGCACGGCAAGGACUAUGCCUUCCUCCACAAUUGCAGCUACCACCAGCACAGAGAAAGGAGUCAAUGUUUCCACUCCUUCCCCAGCCCCCAGGACUGUGCCCUCCACUCUCACAAAUGCUCGCACUGCUGCUACGGUGAACACUACCAACGCAACAUCGGCUAAGCAACCCCCUGUCCCGCCUCCCAAGCCAGUUAAUAGGAAUAGCAACCCGUUAAUAGCUGAAUUGUCUCAAGCUAUCAGUAGUGGCACAGUUUUGUUGAAGCCUUCUCCACCGUUGCCUCCCAAGAGAGGCAUCCCAUUAAAUGUGUCUUCAUCCCUUGAGUCAGCCGCUACUCCCAAGUCGCCUAAUGACAGGAUGACAUUGUCCUACCCUUCCUCAAUACCGGCACACAUGAUACCACCUUACCCACCACUUUCUCCUUCACCACCUCUGCCCUCUCACAUUCCUGCAGAGUCCCCACUUGUUCCACCGCCUACCUCCAUCCAUGGGUCAGAGCCUCCCCUUUCUGCAGAACUACGGGCAGAGACCCAGCAAGAGUGGCUCUCAACUCUGGACGCGGGCAAGAGGCUGGCCGAGCAGGGCUUUGGAGAGCCCCGCAUGCCUUCUCGGCUCCCCCAGCUCCCGCUGCACAUUCGCAUCCAGCAGGCGCUGACGAGCCCCCUGCCAGCAACACCGCCUGCCGAAGGCUCACACAGGGCACACUCACUGCUGUUUGAGAACGAAGGCUCCUUUGAGGACAACGGCACUGUCGGCAGGACAAGAUCACUUCCGGUUACCAUUGAGCUGCUGAAAGUUCCAGACGAUGAUGAAGAGGAGGAAAGUGGCCAAGAGGAUGUGCAUCAUUCCAUUUCCCGUGUUUACAUUGGAGAUGCCCCAACUGUUACAGUCAUUCCGAGGCUCAUACUCCAGACAGUGCAGGAUGAAGAGGAGGGGCCAAGUGAUUCAGACUCCGAGGGACCUAUUCUGUACAAGGAGGAGAAGGAAGAUGAUGAUGAAGAUGAAAGCCAUAACACUGCAUUAGCCAACAAAGUCAGGAGGAAAGAUACUUUAGCCAUGAAAUUGGGCAAUAUGGCCCCCCAGCAAGAGUUACCAGAAGAGAACACGUUUCCUCGGAAGAGCAAAGAAGAGUGGAAUGAAAUCCGCCAGCAGAUAGGGACGACAUUGAUCAGGCGACUAAGUCAGAGACCAACAGCUGAAGAAUUGGAGCAAAGGAAUAUACUUCAGCCAAAAAAUGAGGCUGACCGGCAGGCUGAAAAGAGGGAAAUAAAGCGGAGGCUCACCAGAAAGCUUAGUCAAAGGCCUACUGUGGCUGAACUGCAGGCUAGGAAGAUCCUGAGGUUUCAUGAAUAUGUGGAGGUAACAGAUGCCCAGGACUACGACAGGAGAGCAGACAAGCCAUGGACAAAAUUAACCCCUGCUGACAAGGCUGCCAUCCGGAAGGAGCUGAACGAGUUCAAAAGCUCUGAAAUGGAAGUCCAUGAAGAGAGCAAACAGUUCACACGGUUUCAUCGGCCAUGAAUCUUUCUUCUUUUUCUUAAACCCCAAUACCAUUCAAUAUGCCAGAGGAGGGAGAAGAUCUGCAGCAUUUGCUGUUUACCCUCUCUUGGAGUUGAAGAGGAACCUUUGAGGCUUGUCCAAAACUUGUCUUCAGAACAUAUCCAGGAAAUGACUUUCUUCAGGGAAAUGGAAAGAGGGGGUGGGCAGAACCUUGUCCAAAAGAAGCAUUUCAUUGGAAGGAAUUUCUUUCAAGUGCCAUCAGAUCACAAUGGGAAAAGCAAACAGAAAACACUAUACCUCAGAUGAAUCAGCAAUACCCCCUGCUUGUAGACAGGUGCCCUGACUCACAUUAGAUGUGGACAGCUCCAGCAUCUGAAUGGACAGUGCCCCUCCCUUUUUUUCUGCUGUAAAUAGUAGGUCCUGAUCUGUUUAAUAGGCCUUUUCUAAGGAAGAGAUAAUAUUGGAGCAGCCUUUGGAGCCUGGGAACAGGAAAUUUGUGUAUGUUUCUGUGUGUGUGUGUGUGGUGUGUGUGUGUGUGUGUGUGAGUGAGUGAGUGAGAGAGAGAGAGAGAGAGAGAGAGAGAGCGCACACUUGUGUGCCUGCAUUUGGUCUGUACAAAGGAAACUUAAAUAACUGUCCUAGCAGGAAACUGACACAUUACUGGAGAUUUCUUUUUUUUUUUGUAGCUUAUGACUUUUUGAUGUACUUAUAUGCAAAAUCACUACUGACCAAUUUUACAUCCUGCAGAGGAAUUGUAUAGUUCUGAAAUGGCAUAUGCUGUAUUUUUAGAGAUAAAAAAAGUUUUAAAGUUUUUUAAAGAUGGACAACAACAAACUGUUGUAAAGUUGAGACCUCAUUUUUUUUAUUUGCAUAUUUAGGCCUGUUCAAUGGGAACUGCAAAGCCUGAAACAAGUUGCCUUCAGGAAGCAAAUGGCAUGGAAUAUAUUGUAUCUUUUUUAAAUCAUGGUUUCUUCCUUUUUAAACUUUCUGAAAUUAGAGUGGAACUUGCCUUUUCUUAGGCAGCAAAAUGUACUGAAAAUUCAAAAUUUUAUGUGCUUGAAAAGAGCUGGAAUCUGACCUUUUCUUAAAAAAAAAGUUAUCCCUUUAUCAGCUUUUAUGGAAUGUUUUGGAAUGGUGUCAACAAGCCACUGCUGGGUUGUAGGGUGUGCCACACUUACAUGAGAUGAUGAUAUUUGGAUAUAUGUUAAUGUAGGUUAGCUUUCCAACCUGAUGCCUUCCAGAUGUUGUUGGACUACAACUCCCGUCAUCCCUGAUCAUUGGCUACACUGGCUGAGGCUGAUGUGAAUUGUAGUCCAACAUCAUCUGGAGGCCGCUCAGCUUGGGGAAGACUGAGGUAGGUAUGUGGUUCUGUGUUUGAUCACUAGUUUGGCUGCACAUCACAUCUCACCUGUGUUGCAAAAAGGACACACUACUAGAAUGUGACACCGUAUCAAUGGCUAGCCAGCACACAUAUCGCUGAAGACUUAUGUCCCAUGCAAUUCUGUGCUUCCUCACCUUGAGAAGAGGCCUUUACAUUUUUAUACUGUUGUUGCCUCCCCCGUUGCCCAACCUUCUGUUGAGUAGGAUGACCAGGUGAAAGAGAAGGGAAAGGGCUUCUGUAUUUUCAGUAGUCAUACAGAAAAAGGAAUUUCAGCAGGCCUUAGGUUGGAUCUGGAUUAAUUGAAUUUAGGGCCUCCGGCCCACUGAAAUUAAUAGGAAUAAGUUAGUCAUGACUUAAGUACUAUUGAUUUCAAUGUGGAACUGUGCAGCUAACUUGAUUGGAAUCCAAUCCUCUUUUUCCCCUAUGCACAAAUGAGAAAAGCUUGUAUUGCCUGGAACACUCUUCUACAAAGUGGUGGAAGUAUGGAUAGAGAGGGAACCUGUGUUCCUCCAGGUAUGUUUGUACUACAACUCCCAUAGCCUCUGGGUGUUGGCCAUCCUGGCUGAGAUCAAAGGUACCCCAUCCCUGAUGUUUUAAAUCAAGAGCCCUGGCCCAGUAUGUUCACCUUACUGGUGAUCCUAGGGACACAAGGCAUAGCUAACCCGACCUUUGCCUUUGCACCUCAAAACUCUCAUUCCACCCCUAUUCCAGUUGACCUUUUUUGCUCUCUAUUUCUCACUCCCCACAAUCCUUUGUGUACUUGAGCACUGACUUGACGAGAAUAUUUUCCGUGAGGUAAGGGAUGAAGUUUGGCUCUGUACCCUGUAAUGCAGAGGCUGAGAUCCUGUGACCCUUUAGACCCUGUAAUGCAGCAUGGCCGGUAGUCAGGGAUGAUGGGAGUUGGGGCCUUCCCAGACAUUGUUGGACUACAAGUUCCUCUCCUUUACUGGAAUAGCAAUUCUUCAGGAGAGUGCAGGGAAGGAAGCUAUUGCAGACAAUGAGUGGGUGUGUGAGGCACUCUAUGCUAGAAUUGCUUUUUCAUGGUGUAUAAAAUAUCUCUCUGUAGAGCAAAUCAUUGCAUUGUAUAUCUGUCUUCCUUUCAAUAAGAUUUUAUGGAAUAAAUCUUUUUUUAGAAAA